UAAUAAUAGAUCUAAAAAGAGAAGAUCGACAGAGAGUAAGAGAGACAGAGUGGGAGACGAGGAGGGAGACGAUCGAAGUGAAGUACUACGUCUUCUUCUUCGACGCGAAACAGAGCUUAACGAAGCGAUCGAGAGAGGAAGGAACGCGAUCGCCAUGAUCGGGGUGGGGAAAGCGAAGCAAUACGCGAACGUCCUCGACAAGCCCCUUAGCAGGGGGAGGCAAGAGGUCAGCUUGAGUGCAUUUGCCUUCUUGUUUUCAGAACUGGUACAGUACAAUCAGACCCAAGUUGACAAUAUUGCAGAGUUGGAAAGAAGGCUAGAGGAUGCAGGUUAUGCUGUUGGAGCAAGAGUUCUUGAACUUCUCUGCCAUCGAGAAAAGGGGAACAGGAGGGAGACUCGAUUAUUGGGGAUUUUAUCCUUCAUUCACAGCACUGUGUGGAAGGUUCUUUUUGGAAAGGUGGCUGACUCUCUCGAGAAAGGAACCGAACAUGAAGAUGAAUACAUGAUCAGUGAAAAGGAACUGCUGGUUAAUCGAUUUAUAUCUGUACCCAAAGAUAUGGGUGCCUUCAAUUGUGGAGCUUUUGUUGCUGGGAUUGUAAGGGGUGUCUUGGAUAGCGCUGGAUUCCCUGCUGUGGUUACAGCACAUUUUGUUCCAAUCGAGGGUCAGCAACGACCGAGAACUACAAUCUUGAUAAAGUUUGCUGAAGAGGUACUACGUAGGGAAGCAAGAUUGGGUUGAAGUUUCGGAGAGAUCUUCUCUUUUUACCCUGAAGUCAGAAGAGCUAAUCGCCGGCAAACAAGGCAGAGUAAAAUUGUUUCUGGUGAGUUAAACAUAUUCGAAUGAGUUCUUCAGAUUGGUUUCACUUAUUCUCGAUGAAUUUAAUCUCUAAGCAGCAGCUACUUGUUAGCCGCGUUUCAUUCUCAACAUUUGUGGUUUGUACUGCAAUAUAUCAUAGAUACACCGACUUAUUUCUUUCCCCCUUCUUUGGAGUGAUACACCAGUAAUCUUUUUGUUGAAAUACCUCACCUCAUCUAUCCCUUUUGUAUUACCAGAGUGGAAUUUGUUCAGUGAAUCUUUUGCCAAUGUAUGGUGGAGAAAGCACUGCUUUGACUCUAUUUGUAGUGCAUGCACUUUUAUCACAUUAGUUAUGGGCAUAUCAUGAUUUAUAUGAAUUGCAUGAUUU